AUGGCACUCUCACCAGUCGUAACGCACACCGUCGAAGCCACGCAACCGCAAAGCUUCGGGCGCGCAAUCUCUUCGCCUCUAAAGAACGUCACUUCGCAAACAUCCUCCUCCAAUGGAACGCCAAUGCCCCCUGUCACUUCAGCGCCUGCGCCGACGAGCAUUCCCACGACUCUCGAUCUUGCAGAGCAGAUGAACGAUGAGGAGAAGCGCAAAUACGUCAAGGGCAAGAAGCUCGGUGAGGGUACAUACGCCGUUGUCUUCCUAGGUCACUUGCGCUCCAAGCCCACCACUCUCGUCGCCAUCAAGAAGAUCAAGGUCCAGAAGGAGUACGAUGAGGGCAUGGCCCCCGACGCCGUCCGCGAAUUGAAGCACCUCCAGGAGCUCUCUCACCCAAACAUCAUCUCUCUGCUUUCCGUAUUCUCCUCAAAAGACCAGAACCUCAACCUCGUUCUCGAGUACCUACCCCGUGGCGAUCUAGAAAUGCUUAUUCGCGAUACCGAAUCCGUGCGCUACGGUGCCGCUGAUAUCAAGACAUGGAUGGGCAUGCUCACCCGCGCCGUUUGGUUCUGCCACGAGAAUUUUGUUCUCCAUCGUGAUAUCAAGCCAAACAACUUGUUGAUUGCUGAGGAUGGCGAAGUCAAGCUUGCUGAUUUUGGUCUUGCGCGAAGCUUCGCUGAUCCUCAUCAACUCAUGUCCUCGCGCGUCAUCACCCGCUGGUACCGACCCCCUGAGCUGCUCUUCGACGCGAAGCACUACAGCGGUGCUGUCGAUGUCUGGUCUGUUGGCACUGUGUUCGCUGAACUCAUUAUGCGUGCGCCCUAUCUUCCCGGUAACACAGACCUUGACCAAGUUCGACUUGUCUGCGAACUUGUCGGUACGCCCACCGAUGAUAACUGGCCUGGUGUCACGAAACUUCCAGGCUAUGCUGUUCCUGGACAACACCCGGUCCGUGGUAAGGACUGGUAUGAGAUGCGCUUCGGUACUGUUGGUUCUGACGGUGUGGACCUGCUCAUGAAGACGCUUAUUCUCGACCCCAAGAAGCGCAUCACUGCCCGUGGUAUGCUUGAGCAUCCUUGGUGGCAUUCUGAGCCUAAGCCUACCCGCAAGCAAGAUCUGCCUCGAAAGGGUGGCGCAGGAGCUGACGACAAGAUGGGCGCUGAUCUAAAGCGAAGGCCAGGCGUAAUUGACGAUGACAGGGGUUCCAAAGUUGCACGCAAGCUUGAUUUCGGCGGCAUGAAAUAG